UAAAUGGAGCCUUCUGCCCGCUGGCGCUACAGCGUGACAGUUUAGUAAGUUUCUUCUCUCCGAAACGUGCGGCUCAUCCCAAGGUCGCAGCUCGCCUGCAGCGUAGGUCUUUAACCAAGCAGCAUCCAGUUGAUUUGUCACUUACCAUCCCAUUCAACAUGGCAACUCGAUGGGGACUGUGCGGCGCGGGGAAGAUCAGCCAYGACUUCAGCGUGGCCGUGAAGACGCUCCCCCCCGAGGAUCAUCAGAUAGCAGCUAUUGCAUCACGAAGCACUGAGCGCGCUAAAUAUUUUGCCAAGAAACACGAUAUUCCUAAGACUUACGGCAGUUAUGAGGACCUGGCCAGGGACUCGGACAUUGAUAUUGUAUACUUGGGGGUACUGCACACAGAGCACUGGCACGUCGGUCUUCUGUUCCUUAAGGCCGGGAAAAAUGUGUUGUGUGAGAAACCCUUUGCUAUGAACUCCAGACAGGUGAAAGACCUGGUCGAAGAGGCCAAGAAAAACAAUGUCUUCCUCAUGGAGGCCAUCUGGUCCCGUUGUUUCCCCGUGCAUGCCGAGGUGCGCAGGCAGCUGGCAGAGGAGGCCGUAGGGGAGGUGAAGCUGGUGAAGGCUUACUUUGGCUCCCCUCAGCUCCACGUCCCCCGCUCGGUAGAGAAAGAGCUGGGUGGAGGGGCCCUGCUGGACAUAGGCGUGUACUGCCUGCAGUUCGUGCUGAUGGUGUUCAACGGCGAGAGGCCGGCGUCCAUCCAGGCCACGGGAGUGCUGCUCGACUCGGGAGUGGAUGAGUCAGUGGUGGUGGUGAUGAAGUUCACCAGGAAGAGGAUGGCCCUCUGUGUCUUUUCAAUCGCAGCCCGGCUUCCAAACGAUGCUGUCAUCAGUGGCACCAAGGGCUCUAUUAGUGUCCUUGGUCCCAUGCACUGCCCCACCAAGCUGGUGGUGAACGGCAAAGAAACCGAGCACCCACUGCCCGAGCCGUGUCUCCCUCUGAAUUUCACCAACAGCACUGGGCUUUGCUACGAGGCUGAGGAAGUGAGACGGUGUCUGCUGAAAGGACUAAAGGAGAGCCCGAGGAUGCCUCUGUCAGAAUCAGUCUUACUGACGGAGAUCAUGGAUGAAAUCAGGAAACAGGUGGGAGUUGUUUUCAGCCAGGACAGACAGUGACAUCUCUCCAAAAGCACAGUCCUGGUCCAAUGGAAGAGAGGGAGCUGCAUCAGACAUGGCACAGGGGGGACAAAGUCAGGGCAGARUCGCUGCAGAAAAUUAGAACUGGGAUUUGCUAUUGAAGUAACAAUCAGUCAAAAAGGAAAAAAAAUCUUGCUUUUGAUCUUUUUUACAUCUAGACUUGAUAGCUCCAUUUUGUGCAUGAUAAACAUUGCAUACAUUUGCAAAAAAAAAAAAAGAUCAAAUAAAAUGAAAAAUGUAACAAAAUGAAUCAAAUUGCAAACAAGUGCCUCAACCCAGAUCUCACUACAAGUUGUUCGACUGAUGAAUUCAAUGAUAAUCAUUUCAUUUUGUGUUUGUUGAAGCUGCAUCAAAAUGCAGGACGUUUAUUAUCAAAUCUUGUUGAUUUCUCAUUUACCUGAGUGGCACGGUUAACCGAGGUGUUCUGUCAUGUCUGUCCGGCAACUGCAGAAAUGCACCAAUCGAUUCAGAAUUAGGUCGCACUGUCUACUUUUCAAGGUUAGGACAGUGAAAGGCUUCUAUGAGUCAGCAGAGAGCAAGACUCAUUAAAAUACUAGCUCCCAACCUUUCGGGCUAACGGGACAUUUGGAAAUUUAAGGAUGCACUUGAUGCAUUCCAUGAAUGUGAAAUGAAGCAUUUUAAUAUUAGUUUGCCCUUUUUAGUUCACUCGUUUCUUUUUCCACACAUCUUGCACCAAAUCUGUAGCAUUUGCAGCACUAUUAUGCUGUUUGUACAACUGUGAAUGAAAAAAUUACAACUGGAUGCAACUGACAAAUAUCAGCUUGAAUAUCUAUGUUUAAAACAAAUUAAAGUGUUAAAGCUGUUUUAAAAUUGACAUCUGACUGCUGAUUUAAAACUAACAUUACCAGUAAAUAAAGAUGAGAACACAUCGAAAAUAGUAUAACACAAGUAUGAGUUGUGUUGUUAAUCACGCCACAUAGCUAAAAGGAAAGAUCUGCCGCCAUCUAGUGGUUAAAAUGAUGCACUGUUUAAUGUGGUACCUGAAGGGUCUGCUGGGCAUGGGUGUUCAAACUAAAUGCAAGGAGGUUGGGUUUGUUUUUGGUGACAUUUGGGGGCAAUUUUAAGA